AUGAGUCACAGCCCGGUUCGGCCUGCCCCGAUCGGCUCCGAGCGCCGCCGAACGCCGCCGAACGCGGCCGAGUCCAGCCGAAGGCAGCCGAGCCCUGCCCAGCCGGCCGGGACCGCUCCGGUGGGGCCGCCGCCGGGGCCCAUGGACUGACCCGACCCAGCCGGUCAACCGGCUCCGGACUCUGCUUCCACGGGAGGAUCGGGACGGGGGAGGAGACCUGGGGGGUCGGGCCUGAGCGGGCCUGACCGCCUGCGGGGCGCUCGGGAGGAAGCAGGGCCCGGGCGGAGCGACAUGUCUCAGGCGGCGGCCGGGCCGGGCCGGGACGGAGCCGAGUCGAGCGGGGUCGGGCCGGGGGCGCCGCAGACCGUGUUCGUGCUGCUGGAGGACGGCCGCUCCGCCGACUCCGUCCAGCUGCUCAGCCUGAAUUCCCUCCUGCCAGAAUCUGGCAUCGUCGCUGACAUUGAACUAGAAAACAUCCUGUCCCUGACCCAGGACAGCUUCUACGAGCUGAAGAGCCAACCCCUAGGCACCAGCCUCCCCACCCUGCAGAACCCCCCGGGCCCCCCGGCAGCGGCCCCCAGCGCCCCCGGCCUGCCCGUCGGGGCCUCCACCAUGUCGUCACGCGUGCUGCUGCGCCAGCAGCUGAUGCGAGCCCAGACGCAGGAGCAGGAGCGGCGGGAGCAGCAGCAGCAGGCGGCGUCGGCCCAGUUUCUGGCGGAGCGGGCCGCCCCUCCCGUCCCCGCCACCCCCGCCAUCAGCGUCAACAGCGCCAUGGGCCGGCCCGCGCCCGCCCAGGUGCCUAUGGAGGUUCUGAAGGUCCAGACGCACCUGGAGAACCCCACCAAGUACCACAUUCAGCAGGCCCAGAGGCAGCAGGUGAAGCAGUACCUGUCGACCGCACUGGGCCCCAAGAUGGCCUCCCAGGCCUUGGCACCUCCCGUGCCCCCGCCUGCCCCCAGCCCUCAACCCGAGGGCCCUGCCCUGCCCCCUCCCAGCGGCAGCGCCCCCAACAGCCCCAUGGCCAUGCUCAACAUCAGCUCCAACUCAGAGAAGGAGAUUGAUGAUGUCAUCGAUGAAAUCAUCAGCCUGGAGUCAAGUUACAAUGACGAGAUACUCAACUACCUGCCCGGAGGAGGGGCCGGGCUGCAGCUGCCCAGCACGCUGCCGGUGUCCGGGAACCUCCUGGAUGUCUACAAUGGGCAAGGCGUAACCACCCCGGCCAUCACUGUGAGCAAUUCCUGCCCAGCUGACCUGCCCAACAUCAAGAGAGAGAUCUCAGAGAAUGAGGCAAAGGCCCUCCUGAAGGAGCGGCAGAAGAAGGACAAUCACAACCUGAUCGAGCGGCGGCGGCGCUUCAACAUCAACGACCGCAUCAAAGAGCUGGGCACCCUGAUCCCCAAGUCCAAUGACCCGGAGAUGCGCUGGAACAAAGGCACGAUCCUGAAGGCCUCCGUGGAUUAUAUCCGCAAGCUGCAGAAGGAGCAGCAGCGCUCCAAGGACAUGGAAAGCCGGCAACGCAGCCUGGAGCAGGCCAACCGCAGCCUGCAGCUCCGCGUCCAGGAGCUGGAGCUCCAGGCCCAGAUCCACGGGCUCCUCCCCGCCCCGCCGCCCACCGACACGCUGAAGCCGGAGCCCGGGCGUCCGGAAGAGGGGGGACCCUUCCUUGCCGCCCGACCGCCCCCUCACCCUCCCGCCGACUCCAUCCUGGACCUCAACUUCUCCAGCGAUCCCUUGGGGGAGUUAGGGGACCCGUUCCAGCUGGGGCUGGGGCCUGACACGGCCAUCGAGGACAUUCUGAUGGAGGAGGGCGGCCCCGCCGGCCUGUCCCCGCUGGGGGCCGCCGACCCCCUGCUCUCCUCCGUCUCCCCCGGCGCCUCCAAGGGCAGCAGCCGCCGCAGCAGCUUCAGCAUGGAAGAGGACUCGUGAUGAACCCUGCUCUGCCCGUACAGACUGAGACUCGCAGCCCCCCGAGGCUCUCACUUCCACCUCUGAGCUCCCUUCUCAGCUCCGUCCCCUCCUCAGAAAGGCCUGUGUGCACUCUACAGCCCACCCCAAGCCGUAGGGACUUCCUGCACCCGGGCAUCUCCCCCUGCCCCGUCCCAGCACCCCAACCAUGCCACUACACUCCCCCUCAUCUCCUGUUCCCUCACUCUCUCUCUUCCUCGGCCCUUCCCCUUCCCUGGAAAGGAGCGGAGGCUGGGUCCGGCUGGGGUGCCGGCGGUGAGGGGACGGAGGGGGGUGAGGACGAGAGCCAGUUGAGGCCUUCUGCCUGGGGAGGGGAGGGCUCCAGUUCCUCCCCCGUUGCCCGAGGGAGGGAGACCCUCUUGCCCCAGGGCCCGCAAGGAGGGUUCUGAACCCUCUUGGUGUUGCUGAGUAGGAGAAAUGGAACCCAGGCUGCCCAGCUUCCCAGCGUCUUCCUUUAAGGGGUUUGCUCUGGGGGCAAGAGGGCAGAAUGAGGAAGGUUCCUAGGGGAGGGAAUGGAGCUUAAGCAGAAGGGCUCCCCCGGGCCUUCCAAGCAGCCUGUGGUCCCACUGGACGGAGGGGGGGCCGGGAGGGAGUGGGGGUAAUCAUUUUCCCCUCCCUCCCCCUAGGACAAAGGGAGCCAUCCACGUUCUCCCCAUCUCUGGCUCCAGUCUCCUCACCCCCCUGCUGGCCUGGCGGACUUCACCCCAGAGGGGGCCUGAGGGCCGGGUCUGAGAGAGGGGUGCGCCCGGCCACUGCCCCAGGGCAGGCAGUCGUGUGCCCGGGAGGCUCCUUCGGAGGCUGGAUGCCAUCGCCCUCCGGCUCUGAUUCUCUGACGAUUUUUUUUUAAGGGCGUGGGAGGGGACACUCUUUACAUUUUUUUUUUUUUAAUUGAAACUGAGACCCCGGCCCAACAUCAUGGCCUCUGCCUGAAGCUGAGAAAUAAAUCAUACCGGCCCUCUGGU